GAAGUGUAGGGAGCAUUGUUUGUAAAUACAAAAAACUCGGGAAAACUGUUUAUCUCGAUUAGAUUUCAGUUUCCUUGAAAUUAUUCGCAGAAUUGAAGCAAUCGAAAUGACCGUAUUCGAAUUUGCAUCUUAUCCGGAAGUAUGCCGAAUAUGCCUGCAUUCGAUUCCGGUGAGUUCGAUGAUCCCACUGAAGGAAUAUAAUUCCCAAUUGAACGAUACCGUGGACCAGUUGAUUAAUUCAGUGGCGUAUACUGUUCCGAAGAACUUAGAACAUCUGUUUCCGCAACAAGUUUGUGAAAAGUGCUACACAUCGUUGGAGUCCUUUAUUACUUUUCGGUCAAAUAUGAUUCUUUUCCAUCAGUUCAUGGAAGCAUUGGUAGAGGUGAAACAAGCUAACACCAGUCCGAUCAAAAAUCUGUUUCAGAAACGACCAGAAGUUGUGGGAUUACUCCAAUCAUUGAAUCUUUGCAAUAAAGAAAAAGCUUCCGUCGAUGAUUUACUGGAUGAGUUUCCCAGCUAUAGGCUGGCUCAGCUACCAGCCAAAUACGAACUGCAUUCAGAAGGAAUCAAGAAGGAGCGCAAGGAUGAUGCUGAUGAUUUCGAGUCUUUAUCGGAGAUAAUUCCGGAACCAUUUGAAACCAUUGAAUUGGUUAUAAAACUAGAUCCUAUGGAAGCACUGAUGGAUAGUACAGAAUCGCAUUCCCCGCGGAAUGACAAUUUCGAUGAUCUUACAGAAGACCGAGAAUUCUCGGAAAACGAAUCGGAAACGAGCGCCAAACACACGCCUAAGGUCAAAGUAAAACGAAAAAUAAUUCGAUCCAAAAACGCACCUAAAAAGAGGAAAACUGUUUAUAAAGUUUAUGAAUGUCCCAAUUGUGAUUUUAAAACUACGCAUAAGCAAAAACUUGAAAGGCACGGAAAGACUCAUUUAAAAAAGAAAAAACGUUUCGUCUGUCUAGAGCCCGGUUGCACGGAGGUGUUUUCCGAGUACCGGGCAUAUUUCACCCACAGAUCCAACCACCGGUUGUUCACGUGCGAAUACUGUGGCAGCCAAUUCAAAAAGGCCAGUGACAUCAAAAGCCACUUGCUGCUACACGAAGGCAAACCGAUAUUCCGCUGCGAGUAUUGCGACUAUACAGCAGUCAAAAAGGAUUAUAUAAGGCACCAUGUGCGCGAUCAGCACGCCAAAACGAAUUCAUUCAAAUGCGACGUAUGCGAUUUGAUUUUCAUGCGGAAAAAUACUAUGAGAAACCACAUGAAUAUUCACACAAAAGAAAAAACCUAUACCUGUACGAUAUGUGAGAGGGUAUUCUACGUCGAAGCUUAUUUGAAAAGGCACGUCGCAUCUGUACACGAGAAGAUGCGAAGAACCUGUGAACACUGUUCGAGGGACUUCAGCAAGAGGGACGCGCUUCUCGAUCACAUCGAGAAGGAUCACGGGAUUCAAAAGCGCUUUUAUUGUGAUAUCUGUUUGGACGUAUCACCGUCGCAAUCUGCGUUAGAUGCUCACAGAAAGCGUCAUGAGAAUCCCAAGCAUUUAGAAUGCGGCCGUUGCUUAACUGCACACACCACACAAGAAGCUUUGGGCAAUCAUCUCUGCAUAACCUACAGGGAGAAUUAUUUUUGCUGUGGCAGAGACCGACGUCACCAUAUGACCUAUAAUAAGCACAUGUAUCUAGCUCACAGUAUGCGUACAAAUGUGAGGGUGAAACCUGUACCCGGCGAACUGAUGGGUGUAGCAAAAGCAAAAAGGAAACGUGUCGAAAGCUGUUCAUCUUGUGAGAUGAUAUUCGAAACCAGAGCGUUGAAGAAAAAACACAUGGAAACUUGCAGAGCAGCUAUCGAAAGUGCAGACUUGAGUUAAACAACGAGGACAGCUGAAGAAAUCCUACAAUAUAA